AUGGAAGUCCUUCGAGGACGUUGCAUUGAAAUAGAUAUUUCAUUGUCUCAGCAAUAUCUGUGCCCACAAACGUUGACUUUGGAUAUCCCAUCAAACCAGAACCGUACCCGAGAUUAUUCGAGUAACAAAAUUCAAGGUGCUGUUUGUGG